AUGGACGAAGACUCCCCCGCCCCCUCUCUCCAGAACAUCAUUGACCAGGACUCUCUCCGAUGGAUCUUUGUCGGUGGUAAGGGAGGUGUUGGUAAGACCACCACCUCCUGUUCCCUUGCCAUCCAGCUGGCCAAGAACCGAGAGUCCGUUCUGCUCAUCUCCACUGAUCCCGCACACAACCUUUCUGACGCCUUUGGCCAGAAGUUCGGCAAGGACGCCCGACCUGUGAAUGGUAUCGACAACCUGCACUGCAUGGAGAUUGACCCCAGUGGGUCCAUUCAGGAGAUGAUCGAGCAGGCCCAGAGCGCAGGAGGCGCUGGAGCCGGCAUGACUAACAUGAUGCAGGACAUUGCCUUCUCUAUCCCCGGUGUUGACGAGGCCAUGUCCUUUGCCGAGGUCCUCAAGCAGGUCAAGAGCACAUCCUACUCCGUCAUCAUCUUCGAUACUGCUCCCACCGGCCACACUCUGCGAUUCCUGACCUUCCCCACCGUUCUGGAGAAGGCUCUGGGCAAGAUCUCCGAGCUUUCCGGCCGAUUUGGCCCCAUGCUUGGCUCUCUGAUGGGAGGCCAGGGGGGUCCCUCUGCUGACGACAUGUUCGCAAAGCUCAACGAGACCCGAGCCACCAUCUCUGAGGUCAACACCCAGUUCAAGAACCCCGACCUCACCACCUUUGUGUGUGUUUGCAUUCCCGAGUUCCUGUCUCUGUACGAGACAGAGCGAAUGGUCCAGGACCUGACCUCUUUUGACAUUGACACCCACAACAUUGUCGUCAACCAGCUGCUGUACCCCAAGAAGGGAGACGACUGCGAGCUCUGCUCCUCUCGAUACAAGAUGCAGCAGAAGUACCUGGAGCAGAUUCUCGAUCUGUACGAGGACUUCCACAUUGUGCGACUUCCUCAGCAGACCCAGGAGGUUCGAGGAGUCCAGGCCCUUGAGAAGUUCAGCAACCUGCUUGUUCACCCUUACCAGCAUAUCGAGAACUAG